UAGAGUUGUGAAUGAUGCUUUACAAAAUGUAUGAAGUAGGAAAUUGUUACGAUUAGGUUAUAUUUAAAGUACCUAUCUUUCAAAUAAAUGACGAUAUAUUAUAAUUAAUCGCAGUAGUGUUUAAUAUUGUGACAGAUGUAAUUAUAACAUGCGACAAUGAAGAAAUUCAACGAAUUAUUCACAAUUUGUUUCUUGUUGCAUUAUUUCUAUAGCGUUUGUAUAACUCAUUUGCUCAUAAAUGUCAAAAAUCAGGGUGGUGAUAUUUUGUUAGAAACAAUUUCUUCCAAUGUUACUGAAGAUGUUAUUACUCUAGAAUUUCAAUGUUCAGAUGGCACAUUGGUAACACAACUUAUUGAUUUCAAAAAUGAAGUGCAAAUAAUAAAAGCCUUAGUUUUGGGUGAAGAAGAACGUGGUCAGAAUCAAUAUCAAGUUUUAUGUUUUGUUAAUCAUUUUUUUAAAGUGGAUUUCAUAUCUUCUGAUGCAAUGUCUAAACUAAGGCAAAAAAAUCCAGGCACUGUACGUGUUGCAGAGGAAGAUAAGGGUCAUGUAAAUUAUACUAUGGACUUAUUCUUAGAUGUAUCUGAAUCUAAAGAUAUCUCUAAGCACAUUGCAACUCUUUGUGGAGAAGCAGCUGGAUCUGCUUAUACUAGAAAUGAAGAUAUAAAACAAUGGAUUCAAAGGCCUGGUUCAUCUGAACUUUCAUUGAUGGCAGCUGUAUAUAACUUUAGCACAAAUUCUUUGACACAACAAGGUACAAAUGAUUCAAGAUCUCUAUUUGUAACAAGAUGUGCAGAUACAUCAAAUAUGUGGGCACCUUGUACAUGUUCAUUAGAGUUAUGUAUUGGAUGGUAUCCAUGUGGUUUAAAAUUUUGCAAAGGCAAAAGUGAUGGUAAAAAAGCAGCUACUCCAUAUAAAUGUGGCAUUAAAACAUGUAAAAAAUGUUUUAUAUUCUCAUAUUAUUCUAAGAUGAAGCAGAAUUGUUUAUGGGAUGAAUGACAUAUAA